AUGCCUCCUGUUGGUUCCUCCGAGACCGCUAUUGCGUUUGGCGUGUCUGGCGAAGACGUUACGGAGUUCUGGAAGACGCUUCAGCGGCAAAGUGUUCCGUUGGACUACGGCACCAUGCUUCCCAAUAUUCUUCAUGGCUCCAUCGGGAAUGUUGCGACUCUGGAACGCUUCUUUGAAGCCUUGGUUCCGGGUACGUACUUGGUGAGCGCGGGCCAGGAUGACGUCGGUCACUGUUUAGUCGUGGUGAAGACUGGUCCCAACGCCCGACUUGUCGUGCUUGAUGGGUACUCGGCCGACCACGAUCCACCGAUGGAAGUGGCUCCUCUCUCGAACUACGAGUGGAUUUAG